AUGUUUGCAACUUUGGAGCUGCCGUUGAGAGACGACAGCAGACACAAGCGUCUCAAGGUUGGCAGGGCUUGUCAUCCUUGUCGAAUGAAAAAGAUCAAGUGCGAUGGCAAGCAACCGUCUCGUCGACGUAAAUGCAUGUACUUGAAGAACACGGAUGAAACGUAUAUAAAGCUUGACCCGGUUGCGGAUGCUUCAUUCUUGCAAGACAUUGCCGAGCAAACUCAAGAGCAACAUCAACGCUAUCAACGACAGCAGACACCUGACGACUAUUCCCAGGCAUCUACACCACAAAGUAAUGGAUCAACGCAACAAGCUAUUUACAUUGCUGAUAAAGGGGAUGCACUGUUUUCGGGGACACAAAAGAAUGAUCACAUACAACAUCCAGCAACUCGACCCGAUCGAAUGAUUGAACAACUGGCAGAUGGACUUGUGCGAUUGACGUUACAUAAUGAACCUUACAAGUUGGCUGACGACAAUGUUACACCCUGGCGUAGCUAUGGAGACUUUGUACGAUGGACACCCGAACCAGGAUUGCCGAGUUACUAUACGGCACCUAUUGACAUGCCAGCACGUCAAAUCCAAGAGAACCUUAUCAAUGUAUUCUUUGCUCAUUGUCAUCAUACGUUACCGACAUUAUCACGCAGCAUGUUUUUUGAACAAUUGAAUGCCAAAGGCCCGCUUGUUACACCAUUACUGCUCAAUGUCAUGUACGCCCAUGCAGCUAAGCACGUCGAUGAUCCAUCAUUUCUUUCACAUCCCGACAAUGCAUCUACGCAAGGCAACGUUUUUUAUGUCCGAGCACGACGAUUGAUUGACGACUUUUUGGAUACACCACGUGUGAGCACCGUCAUUGCAUUAUUGUACAUGGCAGCUUAUGAGUACAAUGCAACUGGAAGUGAAACAGGGGCACGAUCGAGUCGAGCUUGGAUGUAUAGUGGAAUGGCCGUACGCAUGUGUCUGGAAUUGGGAUUGCACACAGCCAACUAUAGCAGUCAAAUGUCACAAUUCGAUAUCGAGCUUCGGCGACGUGUGUUAUGGACGUGUUAUGUGAUGGAUAAACUGGAAAGUUGCAUGACGGAGCGACCUUGGAUGUUACGGGCAAAGGACAUUUCACUCGAUUUCCCGACGCCGUUACCUGAAGAUACAACCGAUGAGCGUAUUGUGCUUGAUGGAUUCAGUCAAUUGUGCCGAUUAAUGAUCCUGAUUGAAAAGGUGCUCCAUACAUUUGCAUAUGACACGCGUAACAAGGGAGUUUGGACAAUGCAUGAGGAAUCUCAGACCCUGCAACUACUGGAACAAGUAUCUCAAUGGCGUGAUAAUCUCCCAAGCUCAUUACGUUGGUCACCAACAAGUCCUGGUACAGCUGCUGCUGCAAAUGGUAAUGGUGGGACCCAUCAUCACUUUAUACCAUCACCCAUCCCAUCCUCGCACGUGGUAGCCAAUCUCCAUCUUGUGUGUUGUUGCUUGGAGUUAUCAUUGGUGAUGUGUUGUCGAUAUCAGGAGGAGCAAUUGCAUCGAGAACGUCGUCGUGGACUUGCCAACGCUAUUACACAACUGGUAUCAUUGACUGUGGAACAUCCACGCCUUAUGUAUACAAGCACCGUAUCAGCCUUUGCAGCCAUCUUUGCAUCCCUCACGCAUGUGGCCGACUUUGACCAUCCUUUGUUGGCCGAUGAUGCACGCAUGCAAUUCCGAAAGAGUCUCGAAGAUGUACGCACUAUUUUACAACGUGUCCCAUUACGUGAUAUGCGUAAUCUUACUCGCUUGGUUGAUCUCACGCAUGCUAUCUUGGGCACCAAUGGCACCAGCACAUCCAAUGCAACCUACACAAGUGCAUUUUCAGCCAUCACCGAUUUGUGUCAGGAACAACCAGAUCCCAACAUGUUAUUCUCUACAGCCACUAACACCACCACCACCGCUACAACUACUUCUACUACUACAAGCACUACUACAGCCGCCACAAGUCCAGCAUCUCUAUUUUCUCCAUCGAUGGCUUAUAGUACGGCGAUGGCACCACCUUCUGCCACAGCAUUUACUUUUGAUCCAACAACAUGCUUGCCUUCUACACCUUCCACAUCUGCAGCAGCUGCAGCAGCAGUAGCAGCGGCAGCAGCAGCCACUUCAGCCCCAUCUAAUACAGCAGCUGCCAAAGCAGCAGCAGCAGCAGCCGUGGGUGCAGUGGGUCCACCAACCUCGGGUCCUCCAAAGAAUAUUGAGCCGGCUGAUUACACGUUUCAACUCAUCUCAGUGGCAGACGAAUGGGCUCGUGCUCUUAUGUAUCAUCAGUGA